AUGGAAGAUUUAAGUUUCAUUCCUAACUUGCUAAAUGGGCCAUUGGAUGUUUAUAGAGAUACUUCAUCAUUCGACUGGAAACGAUUAAAGUUGGCUCUUGAAGGAGAUAUCCAGUUAUUAAGACUUAAGUACAAAAUAUGGCAUACAUUAGAAAACGAUCCUCUUUUUGCACACAACAUAGUCACACCACCUGUUGAAGAGCAGAAGAGAAUUACCCAAAUGCAACUGCAGAAGAUCAAUCAGUACAAGUUCUUAACUGAUGAAAUAUUUAAUGCUGGCUACAUGAAAAGGACACGGACACUAAUGACAAUAAAUGAGGCUGUACAGUCACUAGCACCUAGUGUUUCAGUAAAGAUGGCAAUUGGUAUUUAUUUGUUCUCAAAUGCAAUUUUAUCCCUCGGUACUGAACGACACCGACAAUUUUAUGAAGCCACUAUAAAGGAUAGAAAGUAUGUAGCAAGUUUCGCACUUACGGAGAUUGCGCAUGGCUCUGACGCUAAACUCAUGCGCACCACAUCCACUUACGACCCCAAAACCAAGGAGUUCGUCAUACACACACCAGACUUCGAAGCCGCUAAAUGCUGGGUUGGUAAUCUAGGUAAAAUUUUGUGUGACAUUUUAUUUUUCGCUUUAUUCUUUCACAGCUUGGAAAUUAUUUCCGAAGUAUUUGCCUUUUUUUCUCUAAGUUCGUACAAUGCGCGAAAUGUAUAA